UGGGCGACUCUCGAGAUCCUUCCCUCUUCUCUCACUUGCCGCAUCUCCUGCCUGACCACCUCUCUCGCUCCGACAUUCUACACCACGAGUACUCAAUAGUCCCGACAGAUCACUGUAACCGCAACAUCAUUACAACUUGGUUAGUUUCCGCCGUCCUCAAUGGAAUCUCCAGCAGAUCAUUUCGAAAUCCCACCGGUUCCUGCGCCGUCGAAUCCCGUCCUCCUGAAAACGCAGGCGCAUUGGUAUUUCACCGAUGAGGAGCUCACACGGACGCCAUCGCAGCUGGAUGGCAUGGCCAUGGAGGCAGAGCACAUGAGUCGCAGCAAGGGCGUCAACUUCAUCAAUCAGGUUGGUAUUAUGCUGAAGCUGCCGCAACUUACGCUCUCAACCGCCGCCGUUUAUUUCCACCGGUUUUUCAUGCGACACAGCAUGGUCGACCUGCCACAACGACCCGGCACCCACCCCUAUACGACUGCGGCGGCGGCGCUGUUUCUGGCUACAAAAGUGGAGGAAAAUAUCCGCAGGAUGAAAGAGCUGGUGGUUGCUUGCUGCCGGGUGGGGCAGAAACAGCCCAACAUGAUCGUGGACGAGCAGUCCAAAGAUUUCUGGCGAUGGCGCGAUACCAUCCUGGUUAACGAAGACAUUGUCCUGGAAGCGCUCUGUUUUGACCUGCAGCUCGAGCAACCAUACCGCAUCCUGUACGACUUUCUCGGCUUCUUCACCAUGCAAGAUAACAAGCCGCUCCGCAACGCCGCAUGGGCCUUUGUCAAUGAUUCCGUAUACACCGUCCUUUGCCUGCAGUUCCCAGCCCGUACCAUUGCGGCCGCUGCUCUAUACGCUGCCGCCCAGCACUGCGACGUCGGGUUCGAAGACGACGGGCUCGGCCGGCCGUGGUGGGAGCAGAUCGAUGUGGACCUGACCCAGGUGCGUCGUGCGUGCAUGCGAAUGGCAAAGCUGUAUGAGACCAAUGCCACGAAUCGAAAUAGCCCGUACUACUUGACCACCCCCAUCAGCACAGACGAGGGUACUGAGAAGACCAGGAUCCCGCGCGCGGGUGGCCCGACAGACACUACGCGUCAAACCGACAACGCACGUGAGACCGACGCCGUCAACGGUCGGAAGCGCUCCAGAGAACCCGACGAGGUGCUUCCUUCCGCCCUGACAACCGACUCGAUACACUCGCAAGACCCAGGGCCGGCGCCGCAAAACGGUGGACGGUCCCCCAAGCGAUCCCGGACGGACACGGAGGGGGCGUCCAUCGUGAAGGCUCCGUCGUCACGCGUUCCCAAGGCUCAUGCCCCCAGCAGUGUGUCAUCCUUCUCCCAUGACCGCCAGCAUGCGAACGGCCACGGUCCCCCGGCUUCAUAUUCGCACGCAUACCCAACACCGUCGCGGCAUCCGCACCCCCUGCCACCGCCCCCUCGGCCUUUCCCCCGCCGGGACAGUACGAGCAGCCGGCCCGGGGGAGCGAACCCGGGGAUGCCAGUCGAUCCAAUCCAGCAACGGAUUGACGAGAUUGUGCAACAGAACAUGCCUUCGCAGGGCGGGCCCGGCAGGACGGACCGGCGGCCCCUGGAACGACCUCGGGGCGACAGGGCACCGGAACCCGAAGCGGGGCGACGACGACGGCCGUCUGGCUCGACGGAUGGCAGGAAAUCGUCGCUUGAUGAGCAACAACCUUCACUGCCCCUGCCGUCACCACCUCCGCCGCCACCCCCAGAAGAGGAACCCCGUCCGCCGUCGCAGCCGGAGCCGCCCAAGGCGCCGGAACCCGAGGACGACGGGGGUGGCAGCGAGGAGGGCGAGCUAUGAUGGUUUCACCUGGAUACCUUUUGGACCGAAACACCCACUUUCUUAUCCCGCCCUACCACGUAUAUACUACAGUAGUGUGGACGAACGAGACGGAACAUGAAUGACCGACUGAUACCUACAUACAUACCUUCCGCCGCGAUGGCGUUGGAGGUGAACUCGCGCAUUCCCCAUUAUCCUCCGAAGGACCCUAGAAGCAGGCCUGACUCCGAGGACGGAGGACUACGUAAGGUGGAGGGGAAGGGGGGGGGAUAUGAGACACAGGACCUGUAAUUAAACUAUACUACUUUUCUACCGUUGAAUUAGAGCGCUCGUGCACGCAGGAGCCAUUCGCCAGUGAUUUCUUCAGACUUCAACAGCCGAAGAUGUCAACCCCCGGGCUACCUGGCUAACUGCCGAGGGUGACAGGAGAGCGCAUCCAUGGAUGC